AUGUUCGGCCAAAUUUCUUCAAUUAUCAACUCUACUUCUUCUGCUUCUGCUUUUGCCUCUGCCUCUUCCUCUGCUAUAAUGCAAAGAGCUUUCCUUCAAGAUUUUAUUACUAGUUUUGAAGGAGAUCAUGCCCUUUCAAACGACAGCUUCGAGGAAACCGAUUCUGGGUAUUGUUCCCUUGACGAGCUUGAACUCGAAUUUGACAAUCGUGAUGAUCAGGAUGAUGAUAUUGAGAUCCUUUUGGAUCCUUCUCAGCUUAAUAUAGAGGAACAACUUGUAUAUGAGAUGCUGCAUAUUUCAAUCAUUUGA